AGACCGAUGCCGCCCAAAGGGAAGAGCCAGGGACCCGGUUCCAGGGCGCCUGCGGUCCGCGCGCAGGGCUGGCUGCCCAGCCUGCCAUCGCCGGCGCUAUGCUGUGCCUGCAGUUUGUGCGUGCUGCUGGCCGGCGUGAACGUGACACUGGUAGGCACCUUCGCCUCCUUCCUGCCCAGGCACAACGUGCCGCUGAUCGUGGGGCCAACACUCCUGGUGGUGGCGGCGUUCGGCUUCUUCGCAGCCUGCUGUGCGUGUAGCCGCAGGGUCCCCGCAUCCCGCCCACGCUUCGUGGCAGCCAAGGGCGCAGACCAGGGGGGUGUCGGCACUGGGUCGGUGGCGCUGGAGAUGGAGAGCAGCGAGCGCACGGCGCAGGACACCACAGCCGUGCAGCUGAGCCCGGCAGCCUCAGCCGCGUCUUCUGGCCGCUCCAGCCCAAGCCCCUGCCCCUUCGCCCUGGAUGCCCCCUCGUCUGCUGCUGCCUACGAUCUGGGCACCAGCGGACUUCGGCUCAACCUGCCCCGGGAGCACGAGGCCCUCUAG